CCUUCUUAUUGCCUCUUCGACGCACUCCACGUCCUACGUAUCCCUCUGCUCAUCGUUGCCGGCGACGAGCAAGCCGCGCUUGAUCCGCCCAGGAUGCCUUUCGAACGCUAUCUCCAGCAGCCACAACCGUCCCAGUCGUCCGCCGUCGAUGACGGCUACUCACAUUCGUCGCAGCAAACACACCAGCAGAGUAACAUCCAUCCACAGUACGACGCGCACGAUGGCCAGCUCGACUCCGCCACGUUCUCGAGGCCGAUACAGUUUCAGAUGCCGCAGUUCAUGUAUGCCGGUCCACCGACGCUCGCACUGGGAGGAGGAGCGGAGGUGUUGCCCGCGGGCAUGUUCUCCUCGCCGGCUGGAAUGAGCUCGCUCGCUGGUAAUCAAUGGUUUCAGAAUUCUGGGUUUGGAAAGACUGGAGAGCAAUUAUAUGCCUCAUCCUCCUCAAACGAUUACUCCAACCACGCAUCACUCACCAUCGACCCGUCAGCCGCAACAGCUUCCUUCCAACCAUACACUUCAUCUCCACAAUCCGCCGUCCCUCCAUCGCCCCAACAGCACCAAGGUCCACCACCCCCACCUCACACCAUCGUUCCAUCCUCCGUUAGGCAGGAUGGCAGCGGACCCAUGGUCGUCCCUCAUUCUCUCAACCAAUUGCUACCCCAUUUCGGUCGUGGCUCGAUCGGAAGACCUCUAGCUCCAUUCACCGUCCCUUCCGCCCUCGGCCUCCCAGUAUAUUCGACGUCAGGCUUUGACCUUCUCUCCAUCCUCGCUCGCGUCGCGACUCGUCCGCACCCCAAAAUCAUGCUCGGCCCAGUCGACAUGUCUUGUUCGUUCGUCAUCGUCGAUACGCGAAGAUACGACUCGCCCGUCGUCUACGCCUCGCCAUCGUUCUAUACUCUCACGGGCUACCCUGAGCACGAGGUCCUAGGCCGUAAUUGCCGUUUCUUGCAGGCUCCAGAGGGAAAUGUAGCUAAAGGCGAGAAGAGGCAGUAUACGAGCCCAGACGCGGUGGCGUACAUGCGCAAGUCUCUGGUCGCCGACAAGGAAUGCCAGACGUCGAUGGUGAACUAUCGCAAGAACGGCUCCCAGUUUAUCAAUCUCGUUUCCGUUAUCCCCGUUACCGGAGGCGUGCUCAAUGCGCCGGAGGAGUCUGAGGAGGUCGUUUAUCAUGUCGGAUUCCAGGUGGACUUGACGGAGCAGCCGAGUGCGAUCUUGGAGAAGUUGAAGGACGGGAGUUAUAUGGUCAACUACUCGACUAACUUCACGUUACCGCCAUCGAGUGGUCUGCCUCCGGCCGUUGUAGUGGGUAGUCAUGGCUUUGGCAGCACCGCGAGGGACAGGAGGAAUGCCUCGUAUGCCAGUAACGCAGUGUCGAAGGACCUCCGUGCACUCCUCGCGGAUCCCGCUUUCUACUCAUCAGCGUCUCCCCACUCACACGCCCGUGCUCAGAUACAAAGCUCUUCCGGGGACCCUUCCUCUCCUUCCUCGCCGACUUCGCCUACUAAUGCCAACGACGACUCCAAACCACCAACUCUCCAACAGCAACACGAGCACUACGACAGCAACAACCCGCUCUCGCUCCUCCUCCUCGACUCCUCACCCGACUUCGUCGUCGUCCUCUCCCUCAAAGGCACCUUCCUCUACGUCGCGCCCAGCGUCAGACGUGUGCUCGGGUUCGAGCCCGAAGAGCUCGCGGGGAAGUCUGUAGUUGAUUUCUGCCACAAGAGCGACGUGGUGCCGCUCAUGCGGGAGUUGAAGGAAUCGAGUGGGGGUGGGAUUGGCGCUGUGCAGUCGGAGGCAUCGGGGCAGCAGGGGCAGGGACAGGGACAGGGGCAGAGUAUGUUUGGGGGGAACUGGGGGGGUGGACCAGCUACGGGGGCAGGGUCGAUGGGGACAGCGAUAGGGAUGGGAGCGCCGAAGAGCGUUAAUUUUUUGUUUAGGGCGAAGACGAAGGGGAGGGUGCGGUGGUCGUUUUCGGUCCCUGCGUCUGGUUCCGGAGGCGGGAAGGAGAGCGAGACGGAGGGUGGUGAAGGAGAGGGUGAUAAUAAGCGGAAGCGGAAGCGAGAAGGCGAGGACGAUGGAGAGGAAGAGGGAGAGUAUGUCUGGGUGGAGUGUAGAGGGAGAUUGCAUAUCGAGCCGGGGAAGGGUAGGAAGGCGAUCAUUCUGUCGGCUAGGUCGAGGGAGGUGCCGAGGUUGGAGUGGAACGCCGUCGGGCGUGCGCCUCCGCCUGCGCCCGCAUCUUCCUUGUCCCCGUCUUCGUUUCCGAAUGCGUCCCGAUUGUCGAAGCGAGCGCGAAACGGUGGCGAUGAGAUGGCGGCGGAGAAGGAUGGCGAGGGACGGGUUGCGGACGGGGAUGGGGACGAGGAAGGAGAGAAGGAGAAUGAGGUGUGGGGGAUCUGGAGUGCGGGGGGCACGGUGCUGUUCAUGGGGGCUGCGGUGAAGGAUUUGCUCGGUUGGGGCGUGGGUGAGGUUAUUGGGAUGUCCGUGGCGGAUCUGGUCGGGAUAGGGACGUCGACGUCGACUUCUGGGGCUGCGAUGGAGUGGGCGGGAAUGAGUGGGUAUGGAGGUGCGCAUGCGACGGCGGCGAACGGUGGGUCUGAGACGCAGGAUGUGGGCACCAGGCAGAGGAUGGAGGAGAGAAAGAAGGUCGAGAUGGCGUUGAGGAAGGUCGUGGAGCGGUCAUCAUCAUCUGCCCAGACUUCGUCGUCCGUCUCCCCUAUUUCGGGCGCAUACCAUUCGCAUUCCCAUCCUCAGCAGCAUCAGUACGCGCCUACGAACAUGACCGCCACGACGUCCGGCUCGGGUCUCGGCUAUGGCUAUGGCUAUCGUGCGGAGAGCGAGAGCGUGGUGGCGAGGAUGAAGAGGAAGGAUGGGUAUGAGGUCGAUCUGGAGGUCGUGUUUUAUCCUGGGAACGAUGAGAAUGCGGCGGCGGCGUUACGCGAGUCUUCUUACUCCGCGUCGUCAGUACCACUGCCGAAUCGUUCAUCAUCUUCCAUCAUCUGUCAACUCCGGUAUCCCACUUCUUCCUCCUCCUCGCCCCACCCUCGACACCCCCACCCCAGUCGGUUCGAAUCGUAUCCUGCCCUGCUCGACCGCCGGGGCAAUAUCUUCGAGGAACUCGAAACGGCGAAGGAGUCGAGCUGGCAGUACGAGCUGCAGCAGCUGAAGAUCGCGAAUCAGAGACUGGCAGCGGAGAUUGAGGGCAUGGAGGGGAGCGUGAGGGGCUUGGAGAAGGAGAGAGAAAGGGGGAGUGAGGAGGUUAGGAGGGCUUCGGUUGCGUCUGGGUCUGGGUCUGGGGCGCAUUUGAACCCGAGCAGUAACGUGAGUUCGGGCAUGGGAGCGUCGGGGAUGGGGAUGGGUGUCGCGGGCCCCAGCGGCGUCAGCAACAACACCAGCAAUAACGGGACGAUAUCGUUGUCGAUGCCGAUACAGCUGCCGAUACCGGUCUCCAAUCUACCCAUGGCAGGCUCGAUGCAGCAGCCCGUCUAUGGACAUCCUCAACCUAUUACGCACGGUCACGUACAUGGGGGUAUGCCGCAGACACAGACGCAGACGGGCCCGAAUCCCAAUGCCAACCCGAUGCCCUACUCGAGUUAUGUGGGCUAUGAGCAGUCGAUGAGACAGCAUCAUCAGCAACAGCAGCAGCAGGCGCAGGCACAGAUGCAACAGGGGUGGGGAAUGGCGAGUCAUGGACAUGGUGGGGUGCCGGGUGCGAUUUCUGGCUGGGGGCCAGCAUCUGGAGGGGUCCAGGGGUCGGAGUCGAGCGGGCUGGGAGGGGGGAUGAAGAGGAGGUGGGACGAGGGCGGUGGAGUUUGA